AUGACCGUCGCGCAACAGUCGAUCCCUCGUGGGAGCGAUUCUCCGCGCAUCACCUCAAAUCCCGCCGGUCGUUUCGGGCUGCAUCUGAUUCAAGGCGACGCCUUCGACCCCCGGCCGCAAGACUCGUCGAACACGCCCGUAUCAUUCGCUGACUCGCUGGCAGCCAUGGAUGACUCCGUUGAGCGCGCUCUCUACGCUGACGUCAUCGCCGCGAUGACCGACGCGCGCGCAAAAUUGUCGUGCGACGACAUCCCGUCGCAGGAGCUGCGAGGGAGCAGCCUGAACGCGGCGGUCGUAGGGCGACUGCGUGCGAUGGGGUACGACGCGGCGGUUUGCGCGACGCAGUGGGACACCUCUCCCACCAUUCCCGAGGCCUCCCCUCCUCCCACCUUCACACGAACCGCUCCCCCCAGCAUUGUCACCCGCGCCUCCCCUUUCCUGACUAGCGCCUCCUCCGCUUCCGCCAACGGCGCUUCCGCCGCCCCCGCUUCCGCCGCCGUCCCCCAGCGUUUCAUCAUAGACGUUGAUUUCCGCGCGCAGUUCCAGAUCGCACGGCCCACGCGCGAGUACGCGGCGGCGCUCGAAUCCACGCCGUUGAUCUUCGUCGGGAGGUCGGAGCGGCUGGCGCGGCUGGUGGAGGUGGUAUCUGGCGCGAUGCGCGGGGCUUUAAGGGCGCAAGGCAUGCACGUUCCGCCGUGGCGCAAGUGGGAGUAUCUGCACGCUAAGUGGAUGGCUGCCGUCAGCCAGAGAGUGGUGUGCGAGGCGAAGGGGGUGACUUACGAGAAUUUUCAAAGUGCGAGCGGGGGAGCAGUGGGGGGAGAUAAGGAGAAGGCGGAAGUGGAUGGUGAUGGUUACGGUAGCGAAGGAGCAGUGAUUGGGGAUCGGGACGCUUCAACCCACUCUGUUAUCACCUCUCCUACUGUCUCUGCUGACUGUUCCGUUGAUGUCCCGGCUGCUCCUGUUGCCAGCCCAUUUGCUGCUCGUGCUGCCCCAUCUGCUGCCACUGCUGCUCCAGCUGGAAGAUUUCACGCAUCUGCCGUUUCUAGUGCGAUCGCAGCUGCUGCUUUGGCUGCACACACAUCAUGCCAGCAGCAGCAGAACCGCAAUCUACAAUUCUCAACUGGUGUGGGUGCUGGUCUUUUCCAAGCCCGCUUUGUUCCUGCCAGACGGUUCUCUGCCCUCCAGCAGUGCGCCCGAGCAGGGGGGUUUUGA